AUGGCAACACUUCCGUCAUCUCUUCUGUUCCAUCACCAUCUGUCUCAGGUGGAAUGGAACGCUGCCAAGGACCAGGCACUCUGGGAUAUUCUCUCACGACCAACCAAAGGGGAUGACAUAGACUGGAAGGCACUAGCGGAUAGCUUCGAUGUCACACUUCAGUUUCUCCUCCAGCAGGCAGCAUGGCUUUAUGACCGGCAGCUAUCGCAAGUCCGCGCCCAAAUGCGCAAAGUGGGCACUACGCACUCUAACUCCCCAUCUCCGGCUCCUAGUUCCAUGACCGGGAGCACAGCUCUCGGAGGCCAACAGCCCAAAGGCAUUUCCGGUGCAGGUCCACGCGCCCCAUCUCGUCUUGUUUCACAGCAAAAGGACACCUUGCCGCAACGAACGCCAGGUCCACGCCGUACGAGCUCUACAACCACCAUUAACCAACUAAAGAGUCAAAAAGAAACGUCUCGAAACGAAACGCCACCGGCUGACACAAAAGACACUAAAUGGGAGGGCUAUGGCCGACGCCCUUCGAUCAAUAAAAAGGAGCAGGCUGUGCAGGCCUUGCUACAAAGAUCUCCUACACUUGAGGAAGAAGACCUCUCCUCAAGUUCGUCGUCGGAGUCUGAUACUGAUGGCGAUGUUGUGCUCAGCAGAACAGGACCACGGUUUAAGCGCUUUGGCAAAUUCUCGACUCAUCGGCCUGGUCUGAGAGAUGACGAAGAAGACGAAGACGAAUCUCCCGCCUUUUUGCCCUUGGCUCGCGAGUCGGAAGAAGUUCCACGUGAGCCCUCCCGACAAGAUCUGAACGCAACGCUUCGUUUGGAAGCAGAGCAUGCCGCUGCGCAGCGGAGGCGCUUGUCAGAACAAGAAAGUGUCCCGAGGAAGUCAAUCACAGCAGAAUCGUCAACAAGCUCUGUCAGCUCCGGGGCCCCUGUUCCUUUACCGCAAGGAGACAGUCGUCGGAUCUUUCAUCAAUCAGGUGGACCUUUCAGCCCCCAAAGGACGGCAGAACCAAACCGAUCAAGUCCUCGGAGAUCGAUUGCUUCUGGCAAGGACACUAGCGAUACACCUAGCAUGGGAAGUAGCUUCAGUGAUCUCGACGAUGCCAGCGUCACACAAUCGGCGCUUGAAGAGGCCCUACUGAGUAACAUGCAACACGGAGGAAUGGCAAGCCGCAUGAGCACUAUCAGUCAAGCGCUACGAAGCCGCUAUCUGUAG